AUGGGCAGAAGGAAGACAAAAAAAAUUAAACAGUCCAAGUCAUCUCUGGUACUUAAGAACAGGAACAAGAUCGAUAAGGAGUUCCAUUGUAACAAGUGCCAACAUGAUAAAUCAGUAUCAAUUAAAAUAGACAUGAGGUCGGCAGUGGGAUUUCUGAAGUGUAGAAUAUGCGGAGUCGACUUUUCAACAAGGAUAACAUCACUGGAUGAGCCGAUAGAUGUGUACACGGCAUGGAUUGACGAUCUUCGUGAAAGGGAAAAACACGGACCAGUAUUCGAGCAGCCAAAACCAAUAAAGCAGGACAACAAAGCAUCGCCUAAGGAGACUUAUGAAAGACCUGCAGUCGAUGACACAGCAAACAUGUUAUCAAGUGACGAGGACGAGAACGUAUACGAUCCCAUAAUGGAGAAGUUCGAGGUGUACUUGGGCGAAAAUAGAAACCCUAAUAUGGCAUUAGAUGAAUUGAACAAAACUGAGCCUGAUGAUUCCAAAGCCGGACAAGUAAAUAGUCAUAACACCGACGAAGAUUUUACGAAAUUUGAAUAUAAAUCUUAUGAUGACCUUCUAAACAUCACAAAAAACAAUUUUAGGAACAGGGUGGUCGGAACUGGAGAUUUGAGCAGCUCUUUUGAACAUUCUGAAAAUCCUGAUACUUAUGUGCACAAUCUUUUUCAAGAUGAGGAUUGA